AUGGAAAAAAAUACACAAGACUGCUGGCUUGGGCCCAAAUGUGUUUCAUGUGAUCAAUUGGAAAAGCAACUGCUUAAGAUGACUGAACCUUGUUCGAAUAUAAUGAGUCCUGACACGAUAGCAACCACAACUACUCAACCACAAGUCCCCAGUAUGUGUUCGAAUCAAUCAUCUACUAUCGAGUAUCACAGGCGAUGCAGAGCUCCAGCGAGAUCGCAAAGAAAUAUCAUUCAUUGUGUUUUCUGUCCAUUCGCAUCAAACAGCUCUGCUCGUUAUACUAAUUGUAUUCUCGACGACAGUUAUUAUCAUUUACUCACUCGGUCAUUGCCGAAAAGUCCAUCGACCAGUACAUUACACAUCAAAGUCAUGUCAAACCCAACAGCUGCAGAAAGAAGAACCAGAUACAAUUUAUCUGUCACCGCUAAUUCAUCAGCCAACAGACCGAAGUCUGCUCCAGUACCUCACAGUGGACAACCCACACCUCGUAGUCUCUCCAUACUACUACGAGCGCGUGUAAAGCCAAGACGUUCUAGCUAUCACCACCGAUAA